AUGGAUAGCGAUGAGUAUAAAAAAGAAGUUGAAGCAAAUGUAAAGGCAGAAAAACUUUUACAGUUGCAAAACCAAACCGUACAGUAUGAAAACUUAGCACAAGAAAGUAAAAAUAACGACGCAGCCAUGCAAAAGGCAAUGAAAAGCGCAGAAUAUAUAAAAGCUAAUAAUGACUGGUUAGAUGCCCAAGCCAACGCUAAAGCAGCCCAACUUAUAGGGUCAAUAAGGACAAAAAUACAAGCGGAUGAAGACAGUUCAAAUGAAGCUUUAAUGAAUGCUGACUUUAAGAACGCCUUCGAAGCUCUUCAUAGUAAGGUGAAACUAGUGAACGACUUCUCAUCUGGAAAGAAACUGAAGUCUGAAGGUUUCGACAAAGAGUUAAGAGAAGUAGCACAAAAUAUGACGAAAAUAACAGAUGCAGCAACGAGACAGGCAGUUCAAAGUGCCUAUGACGCCGUUAGAGCAACUGUUGUGGAAAGUCAAGAAAAAGAGUUACAACAGACCAAAACAGACCUAGUAAAUGCUUUCUUAAGAACGAAAAGUCAGGUAGGACAUUAUGCUGCAGAUGGAACAUAUGUGCCAGCUGGUGGAACUUAUAUACCACCAAACCCUCCAAGAGAAGCACCUGCACCAGGACUACCUAAAACAUUUACAUCGUCACAUGGACACAGACACAGGCAUGCACCAAAACCAACACAACAACCAACACAACAACCAACACAACAACCAACACCACAACCAACAGUUCAAAACACUGCACCACAACCAACAGUUCAAAACACUGCACCACAACCAACAGUUCAAAACACUGCACCACAACCAACAGUUCAAAACACUGCACCACAAACAGAGCAAGGACAUAAAAGAAGUAGAGAACAAGGAAACCAAGAAUUCUUAAAAAUGCUUAAGGAAGACUAUGGUUACCCAGAUACUCUUGACUUUAGUGACAGAUAUAAAGAAGCUAUUAGAAAGUUCAAGGAAGGAAAUACUGACCCGAACCUAUUUAGCUUUAUGGUUCAGCACCAAAUGGGAUAUAAUUUCAAACCUGGAAAAUACAAGCUCGCUAAGGGAUAUGAUUUAAUAGCAUAUCAUCCAAAUGACAUGACUGAAUUUACUCCGAGAUAUUUGGUGUCAGAGCUAAAUGAUAAUUCAACUCUCUUCAUGAAACGC